AGCAUGUGCCUGUGAGCUUCAGGCAGGAUUGUGAUUAGUGAUCAGGGUGGAUUAUGUUCCUUCAUGGACUAAGCAGAGUUUGGGAAUGAGCAGCUCUCGGCCAUCAAAAUGAGUGAGGAAGCCAAAGAUAAAAGCAUCUCAAAAACAGCACAUCGUAAAAAGAAAGGCAAGAAGUUGGACAGUAAUGCUAGUUACCUCCGGGCAGCAAGGGGAGGUAAUCUGGAAAAGACUCUAGAUUACUUGAAAAGUGGAGUUGACAUUAACAUCUGCAACCAGAAUGGUCUGAAUGCACUGCAUUUGGCAUCUAAAGAGGGACACGUGGAGGUGGUUGAAGAGCUGCUCAAACUCGGGGCCAGUGUUGAUGCUUCUACCAAGAAAGGAAACACGGCUUUACACAUUGCUUCGUUGGCGGGCCAGACAGAAGUGGUGCGGAAAUUAGUGAACAGUGGGGCCAAUGUUAAUGCUCAAAGCCAGAAUGGCUUUACACCACUCUAUAUGGCUGCCCAGGAAAAUCACCUAGAUGUGGUGCGGUUCCUACUGGAACGUGGGGCCAGUCAAAGCAUUGCCACAGAGGAUGGAUUUACUCCACUAGCAGUGGCUCUGCAGCAAGGUCACGACCAGGUGGUAUCUUUACUACUAGAGAAUGACACUAAGGGAAAGGUGCGACUUCCUGCACUCCAUAUCGCUGCUCGCAAGGAUGAUACCAAAUCUGCUGCACUGCUGCUGCAGAAUGACCACAACGCUGAUGUUGAGUCAAAGAUGAUGGUGAAUAGAACAACAGAGAGUGGCUUUACUCCUCUCCACAUUGCGGCUCACUAUGGGAACAUAAAUGUGGCCACAUUGCUGCUAAACAGAGGAGCCGCAGUGGACUUCAUGGCUCGGAAUGACAUCACUCCGCUUCAUGUAGCUGCUAAGAGAGGAAACGGGAACAUGCUGAAGCUACUCUUGGACAGAGGAGCAAAAAUUGAUGCCAAGACCAAGGACGGGCUGACUCCUCUGCACUGUGGAGCACGGAGUGGGCAUGAGCAAGUGGUUGAGAUGCUGUUGGACAGAGGUGCACCAAUCCUAUCCAAAACAAAAAAUGGUCUAUCUCCCCUGCACAUGGCUACACAAGGGGAUCAUCUGAAUUGUGUUCAGCUUCUUCUCCAGCAUAAUGUGCCUGUGGACGAUGUCACCAAUGACUACCUAACAGCUCUGCAUGUAGCUGCUCACUGUGGCCAUUACAAAGUGGCCAAGUUAAUUGUGGACAAGAAGGCUAACCCUAAUGCCAAAGCACUGAAUGGUUUUACUCCACUACAUAUUGCCUGCAAGAAGAACAGGGCAAAAGUGAUGGAGUUGCUGCUGAAACAUGGAGCUUCAUUACAGGCUGUAACUGAGUCUGGGUUAACCCCAAUCCAUGUGGCAGCAUUUAUGGGCCAUGAAAAUAUAGUGAAGCAACUCACGAACCAUGGAGCGUCGCCUAAUACAACUAAUGUGAGGGGAGAAACAGCAUUACACAUGGCAGCAAGGGCUGGGCAGGCUGAUGUGGUUGCGUACCUCUUACAGAAUGGAGCUAAAGUGAACCUCAGGUCCAAGGAUGAGCAGACAGCAUUGCAUAUUUCCAGUCGUCUGGGAAAGGUCAACAUAGUACAGCAACUGCUGCAAAAAGGGGCAUUGCCCAAUGUGGCCACAACCUCUGGGUACACACCACUUCAUUUAGCAGCUCGGGAGGGUCAUCAUGAUGUUGCCACCCUUCUUUUGGAACAGGGAGCAUCACUGUCUGCAGCCACCAAGAAAGGUUUCACCCCACUCCAUGUUGCUGCUAAGUAUGGCCAGAUAGAGGUGACCAAACUUCUGCUGCAGAAAGGAGCAGCACCAGACACAUCAGCGAAGAAUGGAUACACUCCUCUCCACAUUUCUGCUAAGAAGAACCAGCUAGAAAUUGCAACAAAGUUGUUAGAGUUUGGAACAAACGUCAAUCAUUUGACCCCUCAGGGCAUCAGCCCUCUACACCUUGCAGCUGAGGAGGGCAGCAUGGAUCUGGUGUCUCUUUUACUCACGAAAAAUGCCAGUGUUAACAUGGCCAACAAGAGUGGGCUGACACCACUUCAUCUUGCUGCUCAGGAGGACCAAAUAGGUGUAGCUGAAUUGCUACUAAAACAUGGGGCAGAUGUUGACAUCCAGACAAAGACAUGUUACACACCAUUGCAUGUGGCCUGUCACUAUGGAAACAUUAAGAUGGUAAACUUUCUGCUUAAGAAUCAGGCUAAGGUGAAUGCGAAAACAAAGAGUGGGUACACACCUCUUCACCAAGCGGCACAGCAAGGUCAUACUCAUAUUAUUAAUAUGCUUCUUCACCAUGGUGCAUCAGCCAAUGCUCUAACAGUGAAUGGGAAUACUGCUCUCUCUAUUGCACGCCGUCUUGGUUAUAUUUCUGUAGUUGACAUGCUAAGAGGGGUCUCUGAUGAAAACAUGACUGCUAAGCCACCGGUCACAGAGAAACACAAGCUAAAUGUUCCAGAAACCAUCAAUGAGUUUCUUGACAUGUCAGAUGAUGAGGGUGAAGAUGCGAUGACCGGAGAGACGGAGAAAUAUCUGCGGCCACAGGACCUGAAGGAGCUUGGGGACGACUCGCUGCCGCAGGAGGGCUACAUGGGCUUCAGCAUAGGAGCGCGAUCGGCCAGCCCAAGAAUCAGCUCUCUUACACACCCCAGUAUGCGCUCCUUUAGCUCAGAGAGAUCCAACACCCUGAACCGAACAUCUUUUGUGAAGGACAGCAUGAUGAUCGAGGAGAUGUUGGCUCCAAACAAAGACACACUGCAGAAAGUUUUUAAAGAUAUCUUCUUUAUGGUGGACUCUCAAAAUAAGCACCUGACAGUUUCUCACGAAAAGAAUGACAGUUUUAGACGUUCCAGCUGGACUCCAGACACUGUGGAUCAUGCUCACAACACAGUGUCUAGCCCCAUCCACUCAGGGUUCUUGGUCAGUUUUAUGGUGGAUGCCAGGGGUGGAUCUAUGAGAGGAAGUCGUCAUGAUGGCAUGCGUAUUAUCAUCCCUCCCAGAAAGUGCCCAGCACCAACACGAAUCACUUGUCGUCUGUCAAAGCGCCACCGCCUGGCAUACCCACCACCGAUGGUAGAGGGGGAGGGGCUCGUUAGUAGGCUGGUGGAAGUGGGGCCAGCUGGAGCACAGUUUCUGGGACCAGUCAUCGUAGAGAUUCCCCAUUUUGGCUCAAUGCGUGGAAAUGAGCGUGAGCUAAUAGUAUUGCGCAGUGAUAAUGGCGACACAUGGAAAGAGCAUAACUAUGAUUGCAGUGGAGAAGAACUUCUUGCUUUGCUCAGUGGUAUGGAUGAAGAGCUGGACAGCCCUGCUGAGUUAAAGCAGAAACGCAUUUGCCGCAUUGUCACUAAAAACUUUCCACAGUACUUUGCAGUUGUGUCUCGCAUUAAGCAAGAAAGUGACCACAUAGGUCCAGAGGGUGGAGUGCUGACCAGUGAGUCAGUUCCAAUGGUGAGGGCUGCCUUUCCUCCUGGAGCACUUACCAAGAAGAUACGUGUUGGCUUACAGGCCCAGCCAGUGCCAGAGGAGAUGGUGCGCAGUGUGAUUGGUAACCGAGCCUCAUUCAGCCCCAUUGUUACUGUGGAACCCAGGAGGAGAAAAUUUCAUAAGCCAAUCACAAUGACAAUCCCUGUCCCUCCCAGAGCUAAGGAGGUGGCAGCCAACAGACAUAAGGCAGAACCUGUUCCAUGCUUGAGACUGCUCUGCAGUAUUACAGGUGGGACCUCUCCAGCUCAGUGGGAAGAUAUCACUGGUACUACUCCACUGUCCUAUGUCACUGACUGUGUUUCAUUUACAACAAAUGUCUCAGCUAGGUUCUGGCUGGCAGACUGCCAGCAGGUUAGUGAGACAGUCGCUCUGGCAACUCCAGUUUACAGGGAACUUAUUUGUGUGCCGUACCUUGCUAAAUUUGUGGUGUUUGCAAAGCCCUUUGACCAGAUGGAGGCACAGUUACGUUGCUUUUGUGUGACUGAUGAUAAGGUGGACAAAACACUUGAGCAGCAGGAGAACUUCGAGGAAGUGGCCAGAAGCAAAGAUAUUGAGAUUCUCGAGGGCAAGCCCAUAUACGUGGAUUGUUAUGGCAAUUUAUCUCCUGUUAGCAAGACCAGUCAGCAGCUCCUUUUUAACUUCUAUGCCUUUAAGGAGAAUCGUCUUGCUUUCACACUUAAGGUGCGAGACAUGGGUCAGGAGGCAUGUGGAAGACUGUCGUUCCUCAAAGAGCCAAAGACCACAAAAUGUCUUUCACAGAGUGCUAUCUGCAACCUUAAUUUCACUCUACCAGCACAUAGGAAGGAAAUGGAAUCUGAUCCAGAUGAUGAGAAUGAUAAAGAUCGACGCCAUGAAUUUGCAUCAUUAGCAUUAAGAAAGCGCUUUAGCUAUCUGGCUGGACCUGAGUCUAAAAUGCCUGAAAGAGGCCACACCACCACUAUGAAAACCGCAUUGCAGCCCACUGGCUAUGCUUACAAACCUGUCUUUACGACACGUUCCUAUCAGGCAUGGGCAACCAGCCCACCCAUCGGCGCCCACAAAUCAGGAUUUGGCUCGCUCUCCAGUUCAUCUUCCAACACUCCAUGUGCCUCCCCAAUGAGGUCUGCCUGGUCUGUAAACUCUGCAUCCCCUAUCAGAUCAGCCAUUGGAGGCUCACAUACACCCUCCAACAAAUCUACUGAUGGUGCAUCGCCAGUACGCUCCUAUAAAAUCCCCUCCCCCAGAAAGACAGUUGUGCAACAAGCCCAGUGUUCAGUCCAACUAUCUCCAAGCAAAAAUUCCCCCGAUUCAGUCUCUGUAAAAGGUCCGGCAUCCCUUUCUGCCAGAACGUCUUCAACUCCCACUGGUGGCUCACUUCUGGAAAGAUCCUCCAUCACUAUGACUCCACCUGCUUCACCAAAAUCUUCUUUAAGCACAUAUAGCCACAGUCUGCCAUAUAAAUCUGUCAUAGUCUCAAAUGAUCCAUCAGCUGCUUCCCCUGUUAAAAAAGUCACAUGCCUCUCCUCAAUCAGAACAAACACAGAUUCUUCCAGCUCUCACAGAGGAUUUCUCAGUUCACUGUCUUCACCACUAAAAUACAAUCCCAGUGCCUCAACCAUCAUUAAUGGGACAGUUGGCCAAACUCAAUAUAACUCUUUCCAGUCUGGCAGCUUACAAGAAAGGAUACAGGCUACAACUAAGGCUGCCACAACCACUGUUAAUGCUGCUUUUGAUGAAGUGGAGAAGACAAUAAACUCUUCUUCUGCUGGCUAUGGCACCCUUAAGUCUGCAUCAUCCUCUCCAUCUUCUUCCUAUAAGUCAAUACAAUCUUCAGGUUCCAAUUCUAUGUAUGCGUCCAUUCAGUCCUUCCCCAACUCCACAGCCCCUCUUACCUGUACCACAGUUACAGUGCCUGUUUAUUCAGUUACAAAUGUUUUACCAGCACAUCAGUUUAAAAAGCUUCCUGACAUCUCCAAAUCAACAGCAGCACUCUUGUCACCCAGACGGACUAAACCAUCAGAGCCCAAUGUCCAAACUCAGUCUUCCUUUGUCAGGACACUUUCCCCAGGCAAAACCCCCCUGUUAAUGUCUCCUGCCACACUAAGGUCAACCUCCUCAUCCCCUCUGUCCAACAGCCAGGAUAUACUGAAGGAUGUGCAUGAAAUGAAGGAGGAUUUAAUCAAAAUGUCAGCUAUUUUGCAAACUGAUGCAAGCUCUGGUACUAAAUUCCAUUCUGAAUUCCCCAAAGAGAAUAAAAUGGAAGAUGAUGAACCAUACAAGAUAGUGGAGAAGGUUAAAAAAGACUUGGUUAAAGUUAGUGAGAUACUAUCAAAGGAUGUUUUGAAGGACAGUAAAGAAUACAUCAUAAGUAACAAGGUUGAAGAUGAUCUGGAGUAUGAUAUUGAUGACAAGCAACAAAAUAGAUGGAGGUCUCCCCCUCGAUAUGAGACAGUAGCUUCUCAGGUCAAAACAAGAGAAAUGCCUGAAAGAGAUUUUAACUUAGCAAAAGUGGUUGACUAUUUAACCAGUGACACUUGCACUAGUUCAUUGAACAGAAUUAUAGAAGCAAAACAGAGAAAAGAAGAGGUGAAGAGAGAGGGAGAGGAGAAACAAAAACGUGUCUUAAAACCUGCUAUGGCAGUUCAGGAAAAUAAGCUUAAAAUGCCUUCAUCAAACAUGCGUCCUUCACCCUCUGAAAAAGAGCUAUCUAAGUUAGCAGAUACAAUUUUUGGCACAGAGUGUGUUCUAGAUUCCCCAGAUGAUAUCUCACAUGACCCAGAUAAGAGUCCACUGUCAGACAGUGGAUUUGAGACUCGCAGUGAGAGGACUCCCUCUGCUCCCCAGAGUGCUGAAGGAAUGGGGCCCAAAGCUCUGUUUCAGGAAAUUCCACCAGUAAUCACUGAAACAAGGACAGAAGUUGUACAUGUAAUAAGAAGUUAUGAACCUCCAGAGGACAGCAAGGAGUCUGUAAUGGAUGAGGCUAAAAUCGUAACAUCUCCUGUCCGAUACACUGACACAGAGCCUAGAUCACCUGGUGGUUUCUUUAAGGAUCGAGUAAAAACAUACCAAGCCAGAACCAGUCCGGAGGAGGACAUGGCGAAUAAAGGGAUGCGACUCAAAGAGGAAACUCACAUAACAACCACAACCCGAAUGGUAUACCACAAACCGUCAAAUACCGAAGGUCCCUCAGAAAGGUUUGAUGAGACCAUGUCAGUGCAAGACAUAAUGAAAGCCUUUCAUUCUGGCCGAAAUCCAUCCAGAGAACUAACUGGUUUAUUUGAAAUCAAAGGCAGCAGUGAGGGACUGAAACAAUCAAACAAUGGGCCUCUGGACAGAGACUCAAUGCCCAAAGUUGAACGCAUCAUUGAGGUUCACAUUGAGAAAGGAAACAAAACUGAACCUACAGAGGUUAUUAUUAGGGAGACUAAAAAUCACCCUGAUAAAGAAAUGUACAUUUAUCAAACAAACAGUGGAAUAAAUGUGCUUCAGAAUCAAGAAGAAGUGGAACAACAGGAAAUCACCCCUUUUUUGCAGAGGGAUGAAAGCCAGAUAACUUCUUUCCAGCUAAUUUCUGAUGACACAUGCAAAACACUGAAACUACAGAGCCCACACUCAGGAAAGUACUAUGAGGAACAUUCAUCAAAUAUAAAAGAAGAGUCAAAAAAAAAACUUUUUCCUGAAAAAUUCGACUCUUCCCAUUCUGACUCAGAUGAGUCUGUGAUUGAUAGAUCUCGUUACUAUGAAGAGAGGACACUGGGUGGCUCAGCAAGGGAGUCUAUGUUGAAACAAGAUAAACCAGACAAGGCUUUAAAUGCUGAUAAAAACUGUGACAAGCUAACCCUGCUGCAGUAUUCCCCUGAACCUGGCAGUCCCAAAAAAUCUGUUUGGAUGAGAGCAUCCGAAAAUGGACAAGGAAAAGUUAAAGAGAAAUUUAUAUAUGAGGACAGGGUAGAUAGAACUGUCAAAGAAGCAGAGGAGAAACUGAAUGAAGUCUCACAGUUUUUUCGGGAUAAAACUGAAAAACUAAAUGAUGAGCUUCACUCCCCUGAGAAAAAGCAGUGUAGGCCAAACACUCAGGGGAAUCGAUCUGGGCCCAGUUCCACUUGCAGCAGCCCAGAAAGAACAAUGUUUAGAAAUAAUGGUAAUGGAGAAGAAUGGAGCAGAGAUAGAUUCAGAGACCGAUAUGGUGCUCAUGAAAGGAAGUGUGCCAGCCUUCCUAGCAGUCCAGAAAGGCGUAUUUUGCUUCAGUACAGUGAUGACAAUAGAAAACAAGGUGAUUGCUUGAGUGGUGCAAGUGAAUCCUUUAAAUGUUUACAACCCUCAACAUCUAAGGUUAGCUCAGUGAGACUGAAAUUUGAAACUGAGGCUCAAAAACAAGAUAAUGUCCCUCAGUGUAGUGAAACCACUGCAUCACCAGUUAGAAAGCUGCAGGAAACUAAAUUGCCUAUUUUUCAAGUUUUUGCUGGAGGGAAUCUUCCAAAAUCAACAAACUCUUUAAAAUGUGAGCAUGGUUUAAAGGAAGUUGUAGACAGUAACUCAGGGCAUUGCUGUAAUGACAGGAUAACCCCAACACUUCCUCAAAAGCAACAAAGAAAUGAAAGUAGAAAUAUGUCAGAUGACACUGCUCCUAAACAUGAUAAUAGUGUCUACAGCAAUGUGCAAGAUGUAGAUGAAGAGAAAAAGAUUAUCCAAACUUGGAAGAGCCAUGCUAAAAACCCAAAGGCAAAAACGGCCCACGCAUUUGAUCAUAGAACUUUGAUUGACGGUAAAGAGAAUGGUAAUUCCAACAAGGAAGACACAACCAAAAAUAUUAUGUAUAGAGAGCAAGUGAUUCAAGAAGAUCCCAACAGCAGUGAAAGUAACCUGUCCCUAAAAAAAAACUCGGAAUCACAAAUUCCUGUGAGGGUUUCAUCAAGUUUUAUAGACCAUUACCAGAGUAGUUCCUUACAACUUGAUUCUUUAGUUAAAUCUGAUGGAGCAGGGUCUCACUUACCACCUACAAUUAAAAUCAAGCAUAAGUAUAAAGAUGUAGAUAAAUCACACAAUGAUGUCUCAUUAGUAGAAAGUGCUAGCAUAAUCUGCAAUGGAGUUAAUAGUGGACAAAUUGAAUAUAUCGAACAAGUAACUCCAAGUGUCAAGGUGGACAUUAAACCUUUACCAGUUUAUGUCAGCAUUCAGGUAGACAAGCAGUAUGAAAAAGAGACAGCAGCUAAUGGACAACUUAGCACCUAUAAAAAAGUAGUUAGCCAUGAGAGCCGAACAAUGCAUGAUGCAAGGGGAGUAUUUUACCCUGUAAAACAGAAACAGCCUUCCCCUCAGGGCAGCCCAGAGGAUGACACACUUGAGCAAAUGACUUUCAUGGACAGUUUUGGAAAAAGUCACAUUACUUCUAAAACACCCACCUCAGUGGAAGUUAGCUAUGACCUGAGUUCUAGGGCACUGGAGUCUGAUAUUGGUUCAGGAAAGCCCAGCCUAGUUCCAGAGGAAUCAGAAGAAGAGAAACACCCCAAAACUAUUAUUUUUAGGCAACUAUCAGCAGAGAAGGCCAAGCACACCACUAUAUCUGAAUCCUCAAAAGAGAACUGUGAUUCACUUGGGAAAACAGUUAAAGACAAACGGGUAGCUUACAUUGAGUUCCCCCCUCCCCCACCCCUAGAGACUCAACAAUCUGAGAGGGUCGUAUUAAAGAAGGGGUCGUGUCCAUCUUCUGAGACAGAACCUGAAAUGAUAGAGGUAAAUCUUCAAGAGGAGCAUGACAGACAUUUUCUUGCAGAGCCUGUUAUACGUGUCCAACCACCGUCUCCUCUUCCAAGUGGAGCUGACAAUACUGAUUCCAGUGAUGAUGAGUCUAUCUUUCAGCCUGUUCCUCUCAAGACAUACACUUUUAAAAUGACCACGGACGCUGACAAACGAGUCAAGCAUCGGAAGCCAGAAAAAAAUGGCUCCCAGCACAGAGAGUCAAGUGUACAUGUAGUCAUUAAGGGAGAUGAGGUGGAUGAGCAAAAUGGUAAUGAUCAGUCUAUCACUGAUUGCUCAAUAGCAACAACAGCUGAAUUUUCCCAUGACACAGAUGCUACAGAGAUAGACUCACUAGAUGGAUACGAUCUGCAAGAUGAGGAUGAUGGGCUAAAUGAUGCAAAAACCUCAAACCUUUCCAACACAGAAAAAACAAGUAAUCAGUCUUUUAGUCAGAGCAAACUGGAGGUAAUUGAAGAGGAGAGCUUCCCAAAUGACAGUUCCAAAGAAAAUGCCGAAUCCAAAAGUAAUUCAUGCAAAAAAACAGAAAAUGGUAAAGAUCAAGAAAAGAUAUACUCUCUGGAGGGAAGACACCCUGAUAGGCAAGGUUUUGCAGAUAGCUACUUCAGCUACAAGCUUGAGGAGGAAUUAAAUACCACUUUCAAAACUGUUGCCACAAAAGGCUUAGACUUUGACCCUUGGUCAUGCAAAGGAGAAGAGGAAGAAGUGUUUGAUGCUGAAGGCAAAGAUGAAGAUCCAAAACCUUUCGGCUUAUCUGUGGAGGACAAGUCACAAGCUACCACACCAGACACAACUCCAGCUAGAACCCCAACAGAUGAAAGCACCCCAACAAGCGAGCCCAACCCAUUUCCCUUCCAUGAGGGCAAGAUGUUUGAGAUGACCCGCAGUGGUGCUAUUGACAUGAGCAAGCGGGACUUUGUUGAGGAGAGGCUUCAGUUUUUCCAGAUUGGUGAGCAUACUGCAAAUGGGAAGUCAGGGGACAAGGGAUUUGGGGGCAGGAGUGUGGUGGUAAGUGCCUCCCAAUCAAAGGCAGGGGAGAGAACUGUAGAGGGGAUGGUAGAGGCCACGGCAGACAUUACACCUUCCAGAGGCAGUCCUAUUCAGGUCAAUGCUGGCUGCCUGGAUGCACCUCCAUGCACUGACAUUGUAGGUGAAACCACUUCUUGCACUGUCACAGCCUCCAAGGUUGACCCUAAAUUGCGCACUCCUGUAAAGAUGGGAAUUGCUGCCUCCAUAACCAUAAAGAAAGACUCUGGUUCUGCUGACCUAAGUGACUUUAGGGCAGAUGCCUCUGCAAGUCAGAUGCCUGAGUAUGUAAGUUUAGAGGCCCAAUUAAAUGACAGUCAGAACAGUGGCAGGUGCUGUGAUUCUCCAAAUGACAAGAAAUAUUAUCUCUUAGAGAACUGCAACAACAACAAUAACCUAGAGGCCUCCAGCAUACAGUCUGACUACAUCCAAUGUGGUAGUGUAGUGUUUAACCUUCAGUCUUCCUCUGAACCUACCCUGCAGAAGGCAAGUAGGAUAGAAGCUAAUUUUUGUAGGGCUUCUAUUGAGACAAUAGAGAACAAACUGAACACUCAGGCAGCUCAGGGGAAAGAAAUAUUUUACAAAAAAGUUGAGGGCAAAUGUCAACUUAAAUCUAGGCUCCCAGUCAAGGCAGCAGGGUUUAAUUUUAACACAGAGAGUUCAGGCAAACAAAAACCUAAACAAGCUGUCAAACCUGAGGCCAGGAAACUGGAUUCUACAUCGAAUACCAUAGAGCCCAGAUCUAGAAUUCCAGUCAAAGAUGUAAAAAGAAAUGGCAUUGUCAGCUUAAAUAAGCUUGGGGAGACUUGGGGAGAAAAAAGAGAUGUUAUUCCCCCACAAUUCCCAAGUUGCAACAGCUCAGUAGAGACCGAAAGAAAUUGUUUAGUUGAGACAAACAGAACCAAAAUGAAUGAGCUCAGCAGGCAGUCAAUUAAGUUUCUUCAGAGUGUUAGCGGGAAAGCAUCAAAGGUGGCGGAGCAACUUUCAGACGAAGAAAAACAGACGCAGGCAGAGCAGUCGGAGGAGGACAGCAGCACAUCACGAAGCACCUCUCUGUCGGACCCCUCCCAGUCCCAGCCCUCCUUCUCUGCCGGGUCCUCCCGAGGGGUCAUACCCUCAAGGUCAAAGAUCGUGAGGUCUGCAGGCAGUGAGAGGAGAAGGACUAGGAGGACAGGAGGAGGGAAGGAGGGAAGUAGGGGCACAGGGGCUCGAGGGUCGCCCCCCAUCGCGGAGAUCAAGCCUAGUCCACAGAGUCCAUGUGAAAGGACAGACCUUCGUAUGGCCAUUGUGGCUGAUCAUCUGGGACUGAGCUGGACAGAGUUGGCUCGAGAGAUGAAUUUUUCAGUGGAUGAGAUCAAUCACAUCCGUAUGGAGAACCCAAAUUCCCUCACUGCUCAGAGUUUUAUGCUACUAAAGAAGUGGGUGAGCAGAGAUGGAAAACAAGCCACCACGGAUGCCCUGACUGCAGUGCUGACCAAAGUGAACCGGAUGGAUAUUGUGACUCUGCUGGAAGGGCCCAUAUUUGACUAUGGUAACAUUACAGGCACCAGAAGUUUUGCAGAUGAUAGCGCUGUGGAGAAAGCGGAUGGCUGGCUCGAUGAGACCUCCACUGUCAAUGCUAAUGUGCCCACUGCAGGGCAGAAUCCCAGCUCCGACCAUAUCAACAGGCUGGACAACAGUCAAGAAAACUCUACUGACUCUGUCACAUCAUCAUCCCGAGGGGAUUCUGGGAAACCUCGGCAGAAUGGUGAGCACUGUAAUACCCUGCAGCAAAGCAUAGCCACAUGGGAUUCAGUCAGUGGGGCAAAGAAAGAGAGAGGAAGAGAAGAGACAACACUACUGGUUGAACACAAAGUAAAGGGGAAAGUUUCUAAGGUAAAGAGAAAAGAGGAACAGAGAUCAUCAGAAUUUUAAUUCAGCUUUUAGAAACAUCUCAGAAUGAGAAGGUAAUUUUGAUGAGUUUUUAGAGGAUCGGCCCAAUCAAGAAUCCAAGGAGAAGUAUUUGAAAAGAAACACAACAAUAUCUUCUCCAUAUCUGAACCACUCCUGCAUGAGCAUGAUACUUAGCUGGUCUGCCAUUUUUCUGUUCCUAAAGUGGUCUUGGGAAAUUAUGCUUCUGUUAUUGAAAACUGUUUUUUUCUGAUCUGGAACAUCAAGACUCUACAUUCUGUACUCAUCAGGAAAUGCUAAAAUCAGCAACUUUUCUGUGACACCUGAAGCAGAUGUGGAUUUUUGCAACAGCUUUAAAUGAUUCCAACCCGAACACAAAGCUAACAAACUAUUUGGUGACCAGAAAUGACACAAGAUUUCUUUAAUUAUUAUGAAAACACAAGGACUCUUUUUUACUGGCUUCCUUUUCCUUCUUGCAUUCUUUUUCAAAUGCAAAUGUACAGGAAGGAAAUCAAUGUGUUAUUUAUGUUGAUUUAUUUAAUACAAAAAUAAUAACCUGGUAAAAUUUUCACUGCUAAUGUUAACGCUUAAACACUGAUUGCAAGAAAAGACUUGCAAAAAAAGUGUGAAUGAUGAUUCAUGUGCUUUUAGAUUUGUACAUAAAAAUGAAUAAAUUCAGUUUAUUCAGUGGGCAGUUGUCUAAAGUCCUUUGCAAUUUCCUGCACCUCCAAAAAUGGAAAUAAAUAACUUACUAAUAUUUUGAUGCAUGCUGUUCAGCUUAUUUGAUGAAACUUCCCUUUUCAAAAUACUGUAUAUUAUUAUGCAAAGCUGUUUACAUGCACGUAUAGUUCAGAUACCUACACUUUUAUAUUCAGAUAUUCAAAAAUAUAGUGUAUUAUUUACAGACACAUCAAUUACACUGUAGUUACAUUGUACAUAGGACUGUGACUGCCCUGUUGCAAACAGCUUCAGUGCUAUAUUGAAGUAAUAAAUGUAAUUUAUUCAUACUGUUCAGAUGUAACUCUCACUUGUACUGGCUAAAACUGGUGCUAAAGUCAAAUUUUAUUUCAUUAGGCUUUGCAAAAUUAUUAGAGCAGUCAAUGUACUUAUGUCGUUUUCUUCAAGAUUACUGUGUCCAUUUUUAAGGUUUUAGGGAAUUUUAGUUUAGAUGUUUAAUGUCAUACUUUUGUUGAUUGUGGAUUUGUUGUAUUUCGCAAAAAUAAACAGUGGACUCUCAUACUUAUCAUUUUCAACAUAAUAUAGUGUUUAAAAUGUGUAAUAAAUGUAAGGGAAGAGUCUGUUUUGCUAUGUGCACAAAUAAUGUUAAUUAGUUUGAUAAGGCUUUACU